AUGCUGAGUGGACCUGAAGGGUUCAAAGUUUGUUAUGCUCUGCGCCUGGAUUUCAAUGCCUCCAACAAUGUAGCAGAAUAUGAAGCCCUGAUAAAUGGGAUGUUGAUCGCAAUGAAAGUAGGGGCAACCGACCUCGAGAUAAAUAGCGACUCCCAGCUAGUGAUCAGUCAGAUAACGGGGGCAUAUCAUGCAAGAGACCCGACCAUGCAGAACUACUUGACGAGGGUAAAGGCCAUAGAAGCCGAACUCAGAAGCCAAGGAAUCAUGGUAAGAUACCAGAGAAUACCUCGGGAAGAAAAUGAAGAGGCAGACUUACUCAGUCGAUUAUCUAGGGAAGAGCUAGAACAACUCCCCGAUGAGGUGUACAUACAGUACAUCAACACUCCUGCCUUUGACAAGGCAAACACCAUAAUGGAGAUUGAGAAAAGACGGAACUGGAUGACCCCGUACCUCGAAUAUUUGGAGAAGGGAAAGCUCCCUGAGGAUAAAGCCGAGGCAAAGAAAAUCGCAGCUCGGGCUGCCAACUACCAAACGUUAAGAGGAACCCUAUACCGAAGAGGGAAAUCUAGCUCAUGGCUCCGAUGCGUAGGCCCAGAAAAAGCAACCAGGGUUAUGGAAGAAAUUCACCAGGGAAUAUGCGGGGCUCAUGAAGGAGUAGGGACAUUGGCAAACAAAAUCUUUAGGCAGGGAUACUACUGGUCCACAGUCAAGAAGGAAACAGAGGAAUUUGUUAGAAGAUGCGAUGUGUGCCAAAGAUUUGGGAUACCAAGAGUGCUCAUAUCAGAUAAUGCCAAGCAGUUUGACUACAAGACCUUCAAGGAAUUCACAACAAACAUGGACAUAUGGCACAAUUUUUUCUCAGUGGCCCAUCCUCAAACCAAUGGUCAGACAGAGGUCACAAACUGGGCCAUCCUCCAGGGGUUAAAGAAGCGAUUGGAUGGAGCCAAGAGAAAUUGGGCUGACGAGCUUAACAGUAUCCUGUGGGCAUUCUGA